AUGUUUCAGCAUAUUAAUAUUACCCAGAGCAAUCAUGUGCUUGUCAAUAAACACAGGCAGGCUCGGAUCUGUGAUAAAUCCUCUGCAAUCAUACAAUAUGCCGUGUUCUCCCUAUACAGGCGUGUCCUGUACACACAACACAGACAGGCUCGGAUCUGUGAUAAAUCCUCUGCAAUCAUACAAUAUGCCGUGUUCUCCCUAUACAGGCGUGUCCUGUACACACAACACAGACAGGCUCGGAUCUGUGAUAAAUCCUCUGCAAUCAUACAAUAUGCCGUGUUCUCCCUAUACAAGCGUGUUCUGUACACACAACACAGACAGGCUCGGAUCUGUGAUAAAUCCUCUGCAAUCAUACAAUAUGCCGUGUUCUCCCUAUACAGGCGCGUUCUGUACACACAACACAGGCAGGCUCGGAUCUGUGAUAAAUCCUCUGCAAUCAUACAAUAUGCCGUGUUCUCCCUAUACAGGCGUGUUCUGUACACACAACACAGGCAGGCUCGGAUCUGUGAUAAACCCUCUGCAAUCAUACAAUAUGCCGUGUUCUCCCUAUACAGGCGUGUUCUGUACACACAACACAGGCAGGCUCGGAUCUGUGAUAAAUCCUCUGCAAUCAUACAAUAUGCCGUGUUCUCCCUAUACAGGCGUGUUCUGUACACACAACACAGGCAGGCUCGGAUCUGUGAUAAACCCUCUGCAAUCAUACAAUAUGCCGUGUUCUCCCUAUACAGGCGUGUUCUGUACACACAACACAGGCAGGCUCCGGAUCUGUGAUAAAUCCUCACACAAUCAUACAAUAUGCGUGUUCUCCUAUACAGAAGCCACCAAUACACACAACUUACAGGCAGGCUUCGGAUCUGCAUGUGAUAAAUCCUCUGCAAUCGCCUGGCUAUGCGGUGUUCUCCCUAUACAGGCGUGUCCUGUACACACAACACAGGCAGGCUCGGAUCUGUGAUAAAUCCUCUGCAAUCAUACAAUAUGCCGUGUUCUCCCUAUAAAGGCGUGUUCUGUACACACAACACAGGCAGGCUCGGAUCUGUGAUAAACCCUCUGCAAUCAUACAAUAUGCCGUGUUCUCCCUAUACAGGCGUGUUCUGUACACACAACACAGGCAGGCUCGGAUCUGUGAUAAAUCCUCUGCAAUCAUACAAUAUGCCGUGUUCUCCCUAUACAGGCGUGUUCUGUACACACAACACAGGCAGGCUCGGAUCUGUGAUAAACCCUCUGCAAUCAUACAAUAUGCCGUGUUCUCCCUAUACAGGCGUGUUCUGUACACACAACACAGGCAGGCUCGGAUCUGUGAUAAAUCCUCUGCAAUCAUACAAUAUGCCGUGUUCUCCCUAUACAGGCGUGUCCUGUACACACAACACAGGCAGGCUCGGAUCUGUGAUAAAUCCUCUGCAAUCAUACAAUAUGCCGUGUUCUCCCUAUACAGGCGUGUCCUGUACACACAACACAGGCAGGCUCGGAUCUGUGAUAAAUCCUCUGCAAUCAUACAAUAUGCCGUGUUCUCCCUAUAA